AUCCCGCCAUACUUCAUCCCGCCAUCCUUCAUCCCGCCAUCCUUCAUCCCGCCGCCAUCCUUCAUCCGCCACCCCGCCAUCCUUCAUCCGCCAUCCCGCCAUCCCGCCAUCCCGCCACCCCUCCAAAUUAUCGUCGUUUCAGAACCUCGCCCAUCAUCCCCUUGUCCAAUCCCCAGUCACCUCUCACCUUUUCUUCUCACUUCCACCCCACAAACAUUCCCUGCUGGUUUCCGCUUCUCCACUGGCAAACGCCCGCAUACACCCAAACUCCCAAUCUCCCCAAUCUCCCAAUCUCCCUCCCGUGCGUCACGCACCCCCCCAAAACACCCACCUACCACCACCGCACACCACAAAAACAACCACUCUUCCUCUUAACUUCCUCUUCUCCUCGCCUCUUCCCUCUUUCACCACCAUCUCUUGACUCGUUGGGUUACUCAACGUCCACUCCUUGUUCUACAACUUCCUGCUUCGGUCAAGAAGAUUCACUCUCCUUUUCUAUAACACUCCUUUGCAUUACCCGCGUCGCCGGACUUUCUCAGAUCUCCACGAUCAAUCACCCGCUCGGAUCGACUCCAGCAGCACCACAACACUCAAAAAAUUCUCGAUCGCGACUCUUCCCCCCCACGACAAGAUAACAAUCACUUGCACUGCCAGUUCAGUCAACCGGAAAAUCGCAAGUCGAUCGAAAAUUCACAAAAACUGCUCGCUCAAUAGCUUAUCACCAACAAGAACACAUUGCUUUCAUAGCUUUAGCAAGCGCUGAUCUGGGAUCAAGCACACACGUCAACACUUUACGCAUACCCACGAUACUUCACCAAGAAUCAACAUGCGCUCUUCAGCUAUCGUCCUCGCCGGGUUGUCCGCCCUCGCCCUUGCCGCUCCCGUCCAGAAGCGCGCAUGUGUCACCGACGUCGUUAUCGACUACGUGACCGUCUUCGUUACUGAAGGCCUCGCUACCACCAAGACCAGAUCCAGCGUCGUCCCACCCGCAACCUCGACCCCGCCUAUUGUGACCCCAACUAUCGCCGCCCACGUCGCACCGGUGGUCACCCAUGGCGUGUUCGUCGAGAGCACCACCCCGGAGCCAAUCCCAAUCCCAGCCCCGACUCCCCAGCCAAUCUUCGAGACCCCGACUCCAGAGCCAAUCGUCGAGACACCGACUCCAGAGCCAAUCGUCGAGACACCGACUCCAGAGCCAAUCGUCGAGACACCGACUCCCCAGCCAGCCGCCGUCGUUGACACGACCCCCGCCGUGACCACCCCAGCCCAGGCGGCACCCCCCGCCGGCAGCGACUACAAGAGCGCCGUCCUCUUCCACCACAACGUCCACCGCACCAACCACUCCGCCCCCGCCCUGACCUACGACGACACCCUCGCUGGCUACGCCGCCGAUGUCGCCAGGACGUGCGUCUUCAAGCACGACAUCCGCAAGGGCGGCGGCGGCUACGGGCAGAAUAUCGCCAAGUCCGGCAGCACGGGCAACGAGAAGGCCCGCGACCCCGCCGCCAUCUCGGGUGUCGCCAUCUCCAACCAGUGGUACAACAGCGAGCUCCCGCUCUUCGACCCCUCCAUGUACGGCCGGAACGUCCCGGACAUGUCCAACUUCUCCGGCUGGGGCCACUUCAGCCAGAUCAUCUGGAAGAGCACCGCGAGCGUCGGGUGCGCGACGCAGUUCUGCGAGAAGGGCAGCGCGAUGUUCUCCCCGGCGUUCUCGGGAUGGUACACCGUCUGCAACUAUGGCAGCCCUGGAAACGUCGAUGGCCAGUACGCAGCCAACGUCCUCAAGCCCCUCGGCCAAUCCGCGGUCGUCGCCAACUAAACGCCCCCUUUUGCGCACACUUCCCCUUCUUUUCCCCGAGAGACGCAGUACGCACAGAGUCUCGUCGGAUAUAAACACAUUUUUACACCCCCCUUUUUCGCUCUUCGCUGCUUCAGCAUGCCCCGCGAGCGUGCUACGCAACUUGAUUCUUCAUUGUUUUCACCGGGUCGGCAGUGCGCCGGGGGUUGAUCGGGUAUCGAUCCCAGCUUCAUUGCCGCGCCCCAGCAUUUGGAAAGAAAUCUUGCAUAGGUGUGGCUUGGUGGUUUGGAGUGACAACGCCCAGGGCGGCGCGUCUUAAAGCCUUUUUUUUGAGACUUUUUGUAUCUUCAAUUCUGGACCAUUCUUUUCGGCCAUUGACGGCCUGUACCACCCAUGACAAAUUCUGGUACAGGGACGGCCUGAGCGCCUGGCAUAGAAACCCUUUUUAUCAUUCGCUUCUUGUACAGUAACUUGUUUUUUUACUGCGUGUUUGUCCGACGAUGGCUUUGGGUGAGGGCUGUGGUCCUGGGCUUAAGUUUUUCCAUCUAUAAUCGACUCUUGUUCUUUUGGGACUGGGGGUCGAUGAUGAGAUGGGGAUGGGUUAGGGAUGAGGGAAUGAAUAUGUAAAAGUCUGCUUGCUACCUUUUUUGACUGUGGGUUUCUGGGGUGUUGUGAUUGAUGGUGAUUGAACAUAUUCUAUGACACUAGAGAAGCUGUAGCAUGGUGGUGUGAGGUUGUCUUGAUCCGGAACGCAGGCCUUUCUCCACGAUCCAUCGCGGUUGCUAACAAAACGCGAGGCCGAUGCUGAUGCUAGUAUUCUUUAACCAAUCAUCGCAAUCGCUAGCGUGAAUGAGACUCUAUUGUGAGCAUCAAUUAUCUUCACCAUUAGCUAACCACGAUGACUACUAACUAAGUAGACUUAUUU